UCUCUUUCUCUCUGUUUUCUUGCUUUCUAAUUUCCAUAGCUACUUUCUCUGCAAGCAAUAAAGCAAGUUGAAAUAAAAUCCGAAAAACAAACGAAAUGCUCUUCGCUUUUGUUUGUCAAGCCAUGUGAGUUUACUGGCAAGCUCUCUUCUUCUUUUUAUUCUUACGCAUUCUCUUUACCGAGUCACUGACUCAGUAGUCAGCGUCUCUCCAAAAUGGCGUCUUCUUCUCGAGCAAGAAGCAGCUCGCCGUUCUCAUAUCGAAAACCUUCGAGUCCGUUCUCAUCCACUUCUUCAACUUCAUCGUUAAUGAGCAACAAACUAAUGCCUCCCACGUGCUCGUCGUCGGCGUCUUCGUACUUCAACUCAGGAAGUGGUUACGGUUCUCGAUCGAUGACGCCGAGUCAGUCCAGGUCCGAUUCGCUGUACUACGGUUCACGCGGUUACAAUGCUCACACACCAGUCGCUUACGAGCCGGAGGAGAUAAUAGGCGGGCCGUUGGAAGCGCCGAGAUCGGGGGAUAGUAUUUCAGUUACGAUUCGGUUUCGGCCGUUGAAUGAAAGGGAAUUCCAGAGAGGGGAUGAGGUCGCGUGGUACGCGGAUGGCGAUAAGAUUGUGAGAAGCGAGUAUAAUCCAGCUACAGCUUACGCAUUUGACAGAGUAUUCGGACCUCAUGCAACUUCUCAAGAGGUUUAUGACGUAGCUGCUAAACCUGUAGUGAAGGCUGCAAUGGAAGGUGUUAAUGGAACUGUUUUUGCUUAUGGUGUUACAAGUAGUGGGAAGACACACACUAUGCAUGGAGACCAAAAUGCUCCUGGUAUUAUACCAUUGGCAAUAAAGGAUGUGUUCAGCAUUAUCCAGGAUACUCCAGGGAGAGAAUUCUUACUCCGUGUGUCAUAUCUUGAAAUCUACAAUGAGGUGAUAAAUGACUUACUUGAUCCAACUGGUCAAAAUUUGCGUGUUAGAGAAGAUGCCCAGGGAACUUACGUUGAGGGUAUAAAGGAAGAAGUGGUUUUGUCUCCCGGGCAUGCCCUUUCUUUUAUUGCUGCAGGGGAAGAGCAUCGUCAUGUCGGUUCAAAUAACUUCAAUCUCAACAGUAGCCGAAGUCACACAAUAUUCACAUUGAUGAUUGAGAGUAGUGCUCACGGUGAUGAAUAUGAUGGAGUUGUCUUCUCUCAACUUGUAUGUUUUAAUUCACUGUCAUUUUUCAAGAAAGAAUAUUCCUCUCUAAUAAAUGGCUUAACUUGCCACUUUAUUUGUUCCUUUCUCCAGAAUUUGAUUGAUUUAGCUGGAUCUGAGAGCUCAAAAACUGAGACAACCGGACUAAGGAGAAAGGAAGGAUCUUACAUAAACAAAAGUCUUCUAACUCUUGGAACUGUAAUAGGAAAGUUAAGUGAAGGAAAAGCAUCCCAUGUUCCAUAUCGAGACUCCAAGCUUACCCGCCUUUUGCAAUCUUCACUUAGUGGGCAUGGACAUGUUUCGCUUAUUUGCACAGUCACACCUGCAUCUAGUAAUAUGGAGGAAACUCAUAAUACCCUGAAGUUUGCAAGCAGGGCAAAGCAAGUGGAAAUCUAUGCCUCACGUAAUAAGAUUAUUGAUGAAAAAUCAUUGAUUAAGAAGUAUCAAAGAGAAAUUUCCGUCCUAAAAGAAGAACUUGAUCAUCUAAGGCAGGGAAUGCUUGUUGGUGUUAAUCAUGAAGAACUUUUGAGCUUAAGGCAACAGUUGGAGGAAGGACAGGUGAAAAUGCAGUCCAGAUUAGAGGAAGAAGAGGAAGCCAAAGCUGCUUUGAUGAGCAGAAUCCAAAGGCUCACCAAGCUUAUACUUGUUUCUACCAAAGCUAGCAUUCCUGGAUGUUUGAGUGAUGUACCAAGUCAUCAUAGGAGUCAUUCUGUUGGUGCGGAUGAUAAACUGGAUGUAGAUGGUACCUUGAUCAUAGAUGGUGAGAACCAAAAAGAUUCUCCAUCUUUGAUUGCAGCGCUUGCUUCUGAUCCAUCUUAUGAGUUUAAACACAGAAGAUCCUCCAGCAGGAGAAAUGAUGAGCUCUCGCCAACAAGCAGUACUGUCACUGAAUCAACUCAAGCGGGUGAACUUAUUAGUGUGACAAAACUGCUGGCAGGUGGGAUGACAUCAGAUCAGAUGGACCUUCUUGUUGAGCAAGUUAAGAUGCUUGCUGGAGAGAUUGCAUUUAGCACCAGUACCCUGAAACGCCUGUUGGACCAGUCUGUAAAUGAUCCUGAUAGCUCAAAAGCUCAGAUACAGAAUUUGGAAAUAGAGAUUCAAGAAAAGAGGAGGCAAAUGAGGGCUUUAGAGCAACACAUAAUUGAGAGUGGUGAAGCUUCAAUUGCUAAUGCAUCAUUUGUGGAUAUGCAGCAGACAGUUAUGAGAUUGAUGACUCAGUGUAAUGAAAAAAGUUUUGAGCUGGAGAUAAAAUCAGCAGAUAAUCGUAUCCUCCAAGAACAAUUGCAGAACAAGUGUUCUGAGAAUGAGGAAUUGCAAGGGAAGGUGAAUCUCCUGGAGCAGCAGUUGGCAUCUCUUUCUGGUGACAAAUUAUCUUCUGAACAGGGAAUAUCUGGAGAAUAUGCUGACGAGUUAAGAACAAAGAUUCAAUCUCAGGAGAUUGAGAAUGAAAAACUAAAACUAGAACAGGUGCAACUUUCUGAGGAGAACAGUGGGUUGUGUGUCCAAAAUCAGAAACUUGCUGAGGAAGCUUCUUAUGCUAAAGAAUUGGCGUCUGCUGCUGCUGUUGAGUUAAAGAAUUUGGCUGGUGAGAUGACCAAGCUCUCAGUACAGAAUGCCAAACUGGAGAAGGAAUUAUUGGCUGCUCAAGAGUUGGCGCACUCUAGAGGUUCUGCUAAUCUAACUGUCAAUGGUGUCAACCGUAAGUAUAGUGACAGCAUGAAACCUGGUAGGAAGGGGCGGCACUCUGGCCGCUCUCAUGACUUUUCUGGAGCAGUUGGUGAUCAGUUUGAGUUGUGGAAUCUUGAUCCAGAUGACCUAAAGAUGGAACUACAGGCUAGGAAACAAAAGGAGGCAGCUCUUGAAGCCGCCCUAGCUGACAAGGAGUUCAUAGAAGAUGAAUACAGGAAAAAGGUUGAAGAAGCAAAGAAGAGGGAGGAAGCUCUGGAGAAUGAUUUAGCUAACAUGUGGGUGCUUGUUGCUAAGUUGAAGAAAGAGGGAGCUGCUACUGUUGAGAGUAAUACAGAUGAGCACCAUGGUAAUGGUCUGGAUAAUGUUGAUGAUCCAAAAGCAAACAACAUUGAGAUUAAUGAUAUCCUGAAAGAGAGACAAGUUUCAGAAGUGUCAUUAAAAUCAGCUAAUGAAAUACCUAACGAAGAGCCCCUGGUUUCUCGCCUGAAGGCCCGAAUGCAAGAGAUGAAGGAAAAGGAGCUCAAAUCCCUGGGAAACGGAGAUGCCAAUUCCCAUAUGUGUAAAGUAUGUUUUGAAUCACCAACCGCUGCAAUUCUUCUCCCUUGUCGGCAUUUUUGUUUAUGUAAAUCUUGUUCGCUUGCUUGUUCUGAGUGUCCAAUUUGUCGCACAAAGAUUGCGGAUAGGCUUUUUGCUUUCACUUCUUGACACUACUAUUUAUACCCUCCUAACGAAGGUCAUGCAAAUUAAUUCUUUUCUAUUUGUAGUAUACACACUCAUCUUCUAUUAUGAGAUAAAUCGAAUCGAAUGAAGAAACUUCGAUUCGCUCUUCUAGCUGUCUGCCCACAUCAAAAAAGAGCUGUUCAGAUCAUGAAAUUUUAACAUUUUAUCUUUUUUGCUUGCAGGGUUCGAUCACCUGUUUCCUGUUUUCAAUGUGAUAAGCGGGUACAAUUCUUUCAUUGGUUUUCCGUAUUUAACUGUUUAAAAGGUUUGUCAAUGGCUUGUUCUCUACCUCACUGUCACUGGGGAGCUGUAAAAAUAAGAAAGAGAUUAAUGGUCAAAAAGAUUUAAAAAAGGGGUAAAAUCACUACAUCCAAAAUUCAGAUACACGAUGUUGCUUUGUUUUGCAGCGAAAUUUGUGAUCUGUCUUUUAAAACUUUCAAUUGUUACGUACAGAAACGAUUUACGCUUCCUAUGAAGCAACUUUUCGUGCCGUGGCUAUUUGUAAAAUGUUAUUGUUCAUAAACCAUGACUGUCUUCAUUUUAGGAAACGAAAUUGCCCAGGAUAUCGAUGUUAUGUUAGACAAUUAGGCUAUAAUUUUUCUGCAAUGUUGAGUUGCCGAUCUCUUUCAUUCUUUAACUCAAAGCUCAAAUCUCCCUCUGUUGCUUUUACUUUUCUUGGUUUAUGUAGCAAACCUGAAGGGGGAAGGGCAUAACACAGAUAAAAAAUGUCAACAGUUUCUUGAGAUUUAUUAAUUUAGGGUUGAACUUUUAUUGUUCGUAAGGGGAUCCUUGGGGUUUCCCUUUUUUUCUUCUUUCGACCAGAAGUGGUCAUCGCCUCAAUCCCAGUCCCCCGCCUUAACCAGGAAAUGAACAUCAAAGUAGCUGUUUUGGGGGUUUCAAAAUAUCGUAAGGGGAUCCUUAGGGUUUAUGUUUUAUUGUAAGGUUGAUUA